UGCCUUCUGGCAGUAGCUGAAGAAGACAGCUGUGUUUGGUGUGGUAUUUUUAAACGCAUCAAUGCUGCUCCAAUCCCUGCGCCUCGCCUGACCUAUUUUUAGCCAGGGCUGGCCAUUGUUCUAUUUCUGUCACCUGUGGGCCACGCAGUUGUUGAUUCACAUGCAAAUGAAGCUUGCUCCCUCCCCGGUGUGCAUUACUGCCUCUGCGAGGUGCUCAGUACACAGUGUGCAGCUUUCCUCGCAACUCAGCUAUACAUUUACCUCAGCCUCUCUCUGCUCAAACACUUUGUUGGCGAGAGAGAGAAAAAAACCCCCAAAAAACAAAAACAGGCUGGAGAAAACAGGGAGAGGGGCAGACAAGAAAAGGAGCUGGACUUGUCAUCUUCCCCAAACACUGUGUUAGUGUUUGGACGAUACUGAAACAGCACCCGGGAGAGAAACCUAUUGUAGCAGUCCUGUAGAGAGAGUGUGUGCAGUUUGUGUUAUUCCUCUACAGUCAGAGUAGUCUCUCAGAGGAGGAGGCAGAGGAAGGGAGAGAGUUGCUUGUUGUCGUGGUCUCUCCCCUGAGUGGCUGAGAGGUGGCUCUUGGUGACAGGAAACACAAGGCUUGCGAUGAGACCUGAGCGCUGAGUGGAGUAUGCUGCAGACGAUUUACGAGGGCGAGUCAAGUUUCUCAACAACAGAGGGGCACGUUGGACACCAGCAGCUCCCCAGCCAGAGCAAGAUGCACAACGUGAACAACUCAGUAGAUAUUAAGCCAGACGUGCCAUUGGCUGUGGAGCCAUUAUCUCCGUUGGACCUGCGUACAGAUCUGAGGAUGCUGGGGCCAGGCUCAGACCCAGGACUGUGGGAGAGGCAGCUGCAGCAAGAGCUGCUCCUGAUUCAGAAACAGCAGCAAAUCCAGAAGCAGUUACUGAUCAGCGAGUUCCAGAAGCAGCAUGAGAAGUUGACCCGUCAGCACCAGGCUCAGCUCCAGGAGCAUCUCAAGGUUAACAUUGCACUCAACACUCGUAUGGAGCUUCAGCAGGAGCUCCAGGCCAUGAAGCAGCAGCAGGAACUUGCAGAGAAGGAGCGUCGUUUGGAACAGCAGCAACAACAGAACCAGCAGGAGAAAGAGCAGGAGAGACAUCGACGAGAGCAGCAUGUCUCCAGCCUGAGCCUCAGGGGCAAGGAGCGCUCCCGAGAGAGUCUCACAGGUGCGGUGGCCAGUACAGAAGUGAAGCAGAAACUCCAAGAGUUUCUGUUGAGCAAAUCAGCAAAAGAUCCUGUCAGCAAUGGAGCUAAUCAUACUUUCAUUCACCACCCAAAACUCUGGUACACGUCUUCUCACCACACAUCAUUGGACCAAAGCUCUCCACCUCUGGGCGAUACAUCCCCCAUCUGCCAGUAUACUCUGCCAUCACCCAUUGAGAGCAAGGAUGACUUUCCCUUGAGGAAGACAGCAUCUGAGCCCAACCUAAAGGUACGAUCCAGACUGAAGCAGAAAGUGGCAGAGAGGAGAAGUAGCCCAAUGCUUAAGAGAAGAGAUGGAAACAUCAUGACUCCUUACAAGAAGAGAGCUCUGGAGCUAAUGGACUCUUCAGCAAUUAACAGCGCCCCUGGAUCUGGCCCCAGCUCUCCCAUAGGGGCCUCAAGUGCCUUAGGGGCUGAAAAUGGACCUUCCUCUCUGCCAACCACCACAAAAACCGAGAGAUGGCCUUCCCAGCCGAGAUUAUUUCGACCUGAGGGCUCCGUGUCCAUGCUGAGCUUGUACACGUCUCCAUCUUUACCCAACAUCUCCUUGGGGCUUUCAAGUGCAUCCUCACCAAUUAGUGCGGCAAUGGGCUUAAAAGACAGGUCAACAGAAAUUAAACAUGGGUUGCCUGGGCACCUGCUGGGCCCUGUGCCCCUUCAGACAGGCCUGGAGUCUAAAGUGAGCCCCAGCCACCAGGCUCUCCUCCAACACCUCCUUCAGAAGGAGCAAAUGAGGCAGCAGAAGAUGAUCUCUUCUGGUCAAGGAUCCUUGACAUCCCAUCCCCAGUCACCCUUGGCCAUGAAGGAUCGCCCCUCCAGCAGUCGGCCUAAAUUACCAAAACACCGACCCUUGAACAGAACGCAGUCGGCACCGCUGCCUCAGAAUACACUGGCCCAACUCGUUAUCCAGCAGCAGCACCAGCACUUCCUGGAGAAGCAGAAACAGUACCAACAGCAGGUCCACAUAAAUAAGCUGUUAUCCAAGUCCAUUGAGCAGUUACGUCAGCCCAGCACACACCUGCAGGAAUCAGAGGAGGAGCAAGAGGAGCAGCAGCAUAGAGAGGAGACAGAAAGCAUGCAGGAGGACAGGCUGCCCCCUAGAGGAGUAAUUCGAAAGCACAUGCUCAGCAGCAGCAGCAGCAGCAGCAGUGGAUCAAGCAGCGAGCUCCCAGACGCUCACUGUGGGGUCAUCAAGGUCAAGGAGGAGCCUGCAGAUAGUGAGGAUGAGGCUCUGACCAAUCAGCGCUUGGAAUCAGAGCAGAACACCUAUCUUCACCAGGUCAAAGGGAGACUGGUGAUAAGAGCCAUGAUCUGAGAAAGGAAGAGGAUGAGCUCACCCACAUGCAACAGUCAUAGACAUGCACAUCAACAUUUAGACACAUGCAAACACUGCUGUCAUUGCACAGUAAGCCAGCUCUCCCUGUCACCAUGUUUGACCUCUUUUUACUCAGCUGCAGCCUCACUCAUCCUACACACUUAAGACUCUCUGUUUGUGAUCUUUGUGUAGUGAUCUCUGUAAAAUAUGUAUGUUUCUCUUGUGUAAAUAUGAAGACGAUUUAGACCGUUCUUUUUAAGAGCUGCUUUGGUCAUCUCAAGUCUGCUGAACUGAGAAAAAACUUGUAUGUACAUAUACUGUGGAUUUAGCAUCAAAGAUGAUUUCUAGAGGGAAGCUUGAUCAGGUGUACAGUUUUGAAGAGCCUCUUUAUGUUCCCAUUAUAUACAUUUUUGUUUCAAGAAAUAUUUGAAUCCCCCUCUGUUCACCUCAUGAUUGGGGCUUAUCAGAAAGUCCUUGUGGUGUUCUAAGGAAAUUAAAACACUCUGUACUUUACUAUUUUCGAAAUGUGCUGAUCUUCAAUAUUAAAUGGUCUCAGAGCUGAAAUAACGAACCUCUGUCUUAGAGAGAAUGUAUACUUAAAUCUCAUGAGAGGACACUCCCGUAGGGCAAACUUUUGUGGUAGGAGUGAUAUUGCCACUGGAAUAUGGUCUGUUGCUCAUAUUACAAUUUGAAGGAUAAAGCACUAAAUCCCUGCUUGGGUGUGCAGGCAUCACCCAACACAUCCCAAGUCUCCAUGUCGCUCUCUCUUUCCCACUCUCUCUUCCCAGCAGUCCUAGAGCCAGGGCCCUGUGUUAAGCUGAGCUCUCCUCCCUCUCUCCCUCUGGGUCCAAAUCAAAGCUCGGUGGAGUUCUUGCCCAGCUUUCAGCAGAGGAGUCAGACAGAGAGAAAGAGAGAGGGUCGGGCAGGAAAUGCCUUCUAGAAGCCAGGAGUUGGAGUGAUUCAUGUGUGCAGGAAUGCUGAGAGAGGAGGACCUAGGGUUGGAGGAGUCCAAGGGGCCAGGCUUGAGAAUUGAUUUACUGUCAAAGCGAAUUACAAAGUGAGUGGGGAUAUGGUUAAGGGAGUCCUUUUUAAAGGGAAUCGCUUCCUUCGUAUUCCCCAGUGACAUGCUUACCUCAACAUGCAGGUUUGAUGUUACUUUAAUAAAAAAAAAAAAAAAAAAAAAAAAACCCUGGCUGGGACCUUAAUUUUUCUUCUUUUUUUUUUUGAGCCCAUUUUUCCGCAGAAAGUGCCCAUUGCGAAAUGUAUAGUCUGUCUUAAAGUGAUCAAUCAAAUGUAUUGCAGUCGUAAACUUUCCUGUUUCAUUUGUACCGUCAAUUAAAUGUGAAAAAAAAGAAAACAAAAGAAGAAGGAAAAAAAAAAAAAAGAAGAAGUGAACCA